GCAUUUGUUGUUUACAUUCGGACUUUAGAAGAUAGUAUGGAAUUCAAGAAUAAGAGAAACUGCAAGUAGAAGCAAACGACAUCCCUGUUGAAGUCACAGCGUCAACCAACAACCUAUUCUCUUUCCAAAAGAAGUACAAACAUGUUGGAUCCUAGCUACAUAACCGUCAUCUUGCUGGGUGUCUCCCUAGCUCUGUGCUUAUACCUCAUCCACUUAUUUCGAACGUCCUUCCAGUACUGGAAAAAAAGAAACGUCCCCUACCUCACUCCCACCAUUCCCUUCGGCAACGCCUUGGACCUGUUUCUCGGCAAAACGACCUUUGGAGAAGUCUUCGGAAACGCUUAUCUGGAGUUCAAAAAGCAAGGACUCAAGCACGGCGGCAUCUACUACCUACAGACACCCGUAUACAUACCAGUCGAUCCUAAUAUAGUCAAAAAAAUACUCAUCACCGACGCUUACAACUUCCCUAAUCACGGGAUGUACGUGAACCAGAAGGACGACCCCUUGUCCAACCACAUCUUCAACAUGGAGGGAGGCUAUUGGAGGUCACUGAGGAGCAAAAUGCCUGCCAAUUUCACCUCUGCCAAGAUGCGGCGCAUGUACAACAUCAUGCUCGAGCUGGCAGAGCCGUACAAGCAACUGCUCGAGCAGAAUGCUCAGGUAGGAGAACCUAUGGACAUCAAAACCCUGGUUGCUCGCUUCACCACAGACAUCGUCUCAGCUUGCGCCUUCGGGAUGGAAAGCAAGACCAUGGAAAAUGAAAACCAAGACCUUCUGAAGCACGGCAGACUGUUCUUCGACUACCAGUGGAGCAGAUGGAAGAACACCUUGGUGGUAACUGUCCCAAGAGACAUCCUGGCCAAGCUCGGGUUCCGGAUAUUCAGAAAGGAGACGCAGAAGUACGUUAUCGAUAUGUACACGAACAUCAUGGAACACAGAAAGAAGGAGGGGGUGACGAGGAACGACCUUACAGAUAGCCUUAUAAAGCUGACGGAGAGGCGAGAUGAAGAACUAGAUUUCGAUGGGAAAACGGUCCUGGAGCCUCUGGAUAUUCCGAAUUUCGCUUCGCAGAUGUUCGUGUUCUUCGCUGCCGGCUUCGAAACAUCAUCCAGCACGCAAACGUUCGCUCUAUACGAGCUGGCAAAGAACAAGCAUUGUCAGGAUAUGCUCAGGAAGGAGAUUAACGAUGUGCUGAGAAGACAUGGGAAUGAGUUGACUUACGAUGCCAUUAUGGACAUGAAGUAUCUGGAGAACGUUAUAGAUGAAACCCUAAGGCUAUAUCCCGUAUUCCCUAUUCUGCCAAGGAUAUGUAAAGAGGACUAUCCUAUACCAGGAACUGAUGUCGUUCUGGAGAAAAACACUUUCGUGAUGGUGACCAACAUGGGCAUCCAGAGAGAUCCAGAAUACUAUCCGAAUCCAGAACAAUUCAAUCCAGAUAAUUUCAAUGUGGAAAAUAAAGGGACUAGACCACACGUAGCUAACAUUCCUUUUGGAGAAGGACCAAGGAUAUGUGUUGGAAAACGAUUUGGUCUUCUUCAAACAAAGCUAGGCUUAGUAACACUGAUCAAGAAUUUCGAAGUAAGUUUGAAUAAAAAAACCACUGAAGGAUUUCAAUUCGAAGCAGACCAGCUGAUCCUCAGAAAAAAAGGUGAUGUGUGGCUAGACAUAAAGAAAAUUGAAUAAUAUAAAUUCUCGAGUAUGGAUGUCAACCGAAAAUAUAUCAACAUUUAGAAUGCAGUAAUGAUGAAAAAUCGAGAAAUAACAAGACUGUUUCAUUGCAUUCUUUAAUGAACCAAAGAAAUUGUAUCAUUUCUUUUAUACUCACUAAUUUAGUUUAUAAAUAAAAACGUAAUGAAACAUU